CCACAGGUGGUCACUGCGAAAAGCGUUCAGGAUCAAACGCCAAGCAAAACUUCCGUAACCAUAAAGACAAGGACAUCCAUUCUUCUACAUUAUAUUUGACAGGGCAGCUUCAAACAUACUCGGCAAGCAAAACACUACUACUAUCUCAGCUUGAUUUGACGUGUCUGUUCCUAUUUAUGCCAAAAGACACUAAUCAGUGUUUUAAAGUCAUUAACUGCACUACGUUUCUAGUUGGGUUCCAGGAAGGUUUGCUGUACAUUCAGCUUAAUCGCUUUAAAAGCUCCAGAAAAUCGUGCAGGCGAGCAAACUGGCAAUAAUGGCGAGAACAAAGUCAAUCGUGAUGAGGUUAAAAAAGGCCCUUUAAUUUGUCUUAUUUAUUUUGGGAAGUAGCUUGUAGCAAUGCUAUUUUCCCUUUAAUCCAUUAAAACACUGUGUGGCCAAAACUUCGAAUGUUUUUUUUACUUCUUAGCACACACGAAUUCGUUUGUGUAUGUCAGUGUUUUGGAAAAGCGUCGCCUCAUGUUAAAUUUAUUUUCUCUUCUUGUUUUUGAAAAAAAAAAGAUGUAUGGUUCAUUGAAAUCGGCAAUUGAGUUUAUUUUUAUUUCAAGCAGCUAUACUGUGGUUAUUUUGUGGUAUUUUGCCUUUAAAGAGUCGAAAGAACUUCUAGCAAUUUCGUACCAGUCCGGAAUGAGUUGGUUAAAUCUAGCAAGCAAUAUAAACAAAUUGAGCGAGCGCGCCGCCUUAUCGAACAGGUCAAGCCUAUCUACUCAAUCAAGUAACGAAAAAACUACUUAAUAAGUAAACAAAAAUGCUUUAUCGAAAUCAAAUAUGCCUCUAGUUGGGAAUCAAUUUAUCUUAAUGAAUACGGUAGUUUUAGUCAGCAUGCAUAAGAGCUAAUUAAUUUACAUUCGUUUCACAUUCCCAACUUUGAAGAUUAGUAUCCAUGCAACGGCGGGGAAAUCAUAGGCGUUCAUAACCAACGUAACAAUUAAACUAGCUUGUAUACACUGGACGUCUGUUGUAUGUGAAUUCCUGAAAACUAUCCGUAUAAACUCUAGAUCUAGGAAAGAAAAUUAUUGAUAACACAUCAUUGGGAUAGGAUAGGCUAAAGCGCUUGCAAUCUGGUACGGUAGACAGGAGUAACGUAAAAAAUGUUAUUUUCUCUAUUUUGCUAUACAUAGCUUCAAAAUUCCGUAUUCUACAUCGCCUGUUGUAAUCUGAAGAGAGAUAGGGGCUUUUAAUCGCACUAAAAUCCAGUUAUUUAAAGCAUUGUCUAGCGCAAAAGAAGGUUUUUAAGUCAAAGAUGGUGAGACAUUUUCGUAUUUUAAGACUUUUGGACAUUUCAAUGACGUUGUUCGCUUUCCUCGGAGCGACGAGCCUUCUAGCCAUCUUUCUACAAGGGGUAUCCCAAAGUCUUCAUAACCGGAAUGACUCUCAAAUCCAAGUGGACUUUAAUCAUCAAGCACCACUAAGCGAGGAACAGACGAUACGUGGUGGACUGGCAGCACAUAUCUGGUAUAACGUGUGCAUCGCUGACCUAAAAGACUUUAUUACGUCAAACUACUUUCCAAGAUACCCGGAUAAUCAACAUGUCAUUUCUGAAUCACAAACUACAUACGCGGGGAGGAACUAUGCACAGCGGAUACACGGGUAUAUUCACCCACCUGAUACUGGCUUUUACCAGAUAGGGUUAUUUUCCAGGGGGCAGUCAGAGCUUUGGCUGACCAAAAAUGAUAGCCAGGGAACAGUUAUUGCUAAAGGGACGCCAAGGAAACGUUCAAAAGGGCAACACUUUGGGUCUUUUAUGACUUCUGAUUUGUUCCUGAACAAGGAUGUUUCUAUCCGAAUAGAAGUUUUUCAUUUCCAAACAAUAUUCAGUGAUACCGUCAAAGUAAUGUGGCUUCAGCCUGGCAAGGCGAAACUCGCGAUGAUUGACAGCGUGUUUUUAUCACGUGAUAAGCAAUUCCAAAGCUUGCCUCAAAGUGUUCUUAAAAGCUAUCCCAAGAGUCCCUCGGUUACCACGGUUCUGCCACAAUUUUCCCUCGUCGCUUUUCUGACCCAGUGGAUCUGGAAUUCUGCAUUACCUAGCUGCGCAUUUGAGCUUUAUCCACGUGGGAAGUACCGAGGGAAAGCGGGAUCACCUUACGCAUUACGGGUCGAAAGGCUUCAUCGGGACGAGAAUGGAAGGGAGCUGGAGAAAUGGAAAGAGAAUGCAGAGGUCAAGAAUGUCGUGCAGCGUUUUAUGGAUGGUCUGGAAAAGGUCUUUGAAAAAAAGUACAAGUGCAGAAGGCUGUAUAGCCUAGAGCGCUUCCCCUUGGACCACGCCCAGGGUGCCUUGUACCUUCUAGAGAUAGACCUAGAGGUAGACGGCCUGGACUACACAGAACGAGUAGUCGACUACAUCCACGCGCCCAACGACAGUGCACUGUGCUACCCGCACUCUUUGACAUGGCGACGGGAUGUAACCGUCAAUCUUAUACUAGUGCUCAAACACCAGACAAAAUUUCUGAAACUCUUCAUCGAUAAGCUUGGGGCAAUUUAUGAAAGGACUUUAGAAGUGGACAUGCAUGUUGUAUUCGUAGACAUGAGUUCAAGUGGUCUAGGAGUCGCUUCAUUGGUUCAGGAGACAUCUUUAGAUCGGUAUUCUGUGAUAGACGUGAGCAGAAAUGAAGAGUGGUCACGUGGUUUUGAUGCUGGAGUGGGAUUGGCUAAGGGGAAUGAUCCAAUUAUAUUGACGUAUGAUGUCGCAUAUGACAUCCCAGAAUCUAUUUUCGAAGACACUAGAAAGCAUUGCAUUCGUGGUCGCAUGGUCUUCGCGCCAGUUCCCUAUCAACUGGGCUGUGGUGUACAUCAGUUCAAUAGGAAACCAAAUGGCUACUGGCAUCACCAAAGUUACGAUGUCAUUGGCAUAUACAAGUCUGACUUGGAACGCGUAAGAGCGAGUGCGCAUGCCUACUCGAAGACUUCUCUAUUGGACAAAAUAGCAAGCAUGGGGCUUUACACUUCACGCAUGCGCUAUUCAGGUCUCUACAAACACAAUGCACAAUAAAGGGCUAUAAUGGAGCUUUUUAUAAAAAAAAGACUUCUAAAGGUGCAAAUAAAUGAAUGAAUAAAGUAAAAUAAAUGAACUUA